AUGUUGGACACGUUUCCAGCUGAAGAUGUUCGAAAAUGGAUGGCUAACCAUACUACACAUGUCUGGCUCAUUGCUGCCUGCUAUCUUGGCUUCGUACUCACAGCACCCGGUAAAAUCGUCAAGAAGCACGGAUUAUUACCUCAAUGGUACUAUUAUAAUGGAUUGCUUCAAUUGUGUCUCCUAGUGGCAUUUCUCCCAACACUUUUGUUCUCCUUACUUAUAGGCGGUUGGAGAGAUUCCGUCUGUAGAAAUCACUCCCUUUACACUGGAGUUGUUAGUGGCACGGUGAUGUUUCUAUUCGUGUUCACAAAACUGCUCGACUUGGCCGAAACAGUGCUAAUUGUUCUCGAAGGACGUCACCCGCUGCUGAUUCAUAUUUUUCAUCAUGUCGUCACCUUACUUUUCACAUGGAAUAGCUAUUCUCACCACAGCUCCCUUGGC